UAGCUCGAUCUUUAAAUAAGUGUAAACUCCUUAUGGUGUACCACUACACUUCAUAGUGUGGUACCCCAGGGAAUAAGUGGAGACUUGCAAUUCCCCAUUUUUAAUGAGCUUUAGUGGAGUAGAGUUUAUCUAUAGUGAUCAGUUACGAAUUUGUUACACCAGCUAUAAGUUUCGUGCCAAAGAAAGCAUAAAAGUUUAUUUUAUACCUUACUUUUAUAGAGUUUACAACAACUUAAUAUCUUUCCGCUUGAGCGCAGUGAUAGAUGGCCCCAACGACUGCAAAGCUGUGACAGAAUACUGUAGAAGGCUAUUGGAACUAGUGUUUUGGCCUUUUAUAAAAAUACAGCUAUUUUUGACGUAAUAAAGUUUGGUACAAAUCGGCCAGAAGCACUCUACCCAUUCCUUAAUGAAAAACUAUUACUGUUAAUGAAAAAGAUUACAACAUUCGUGAAAAGAUUCUCAAACAUUUCGUUGGAUUUAAUAAAACCAUUUGGACGUGCUUCUGCGUGUGGAAAGAAACUUGAAAAAUGAAGAUACCAAACAUAAAGAGGUUUCUCAUGACCAUGGCUCUUCUAUUCACAUUUUUCGUUAUUUUGAACUUAUUCUAUUCCUUUGGAAAUGAAGACCAAAGUGAAAGGUUGGAAUUAAGUAGAUUCACAAGAACUGUUAAGAACCAUGAUCGCAAUCUAUUGUCAAGUAAAUUCGUCGUCAAUCGUGGGAUGCGAGACAAGGGAUCCAGCAAGUUUCGCCAAAUUAGAACAAAUUCCAAGGAAAACACUUACUUCGAUGGAUUGGUUUUUGCAAUAGAAAAUGUAAUUGAUUGGAAAAAAACGAACAUGCAAACACUAACUUCAACUCAAAUCAUGGAUUAUCUUUUAUGGACAAACCAAUCAUCAUGUAGAAUUGCACAAUAUUUCGGCGGAGUCAUGGUUUCUUCUGCGACCGGGCUUGUUUCUUUGGAAGGUCAGAAAGCGCUUUGCCUAGACUAUGCCGUCAAACCAAUAGGAACCAUGUUUGGUAUUCCUGGUAGAUGUCUUGUGUAUUCAUUUGGAAUCAACCACGAAUGGAGCUUUGACGAAGCUAUGGAACUUUACGGAUGUGAAAUAUUUUCUUUCGAUCCGUCAAUGAAUGUUUCAACUCAUAACCGAACAAAUAACAUUCAUUUUUAUCGAAUGGCAUUAGGCAGUGUGGAUAAUGAUGGAUGGGAAAAAAGUCCAAGUGUACCAACGCGGACUCUUUCUUCCAUUUAUGACAUGUUAAAACCGAUACAUGGUUACGAAUCAAUAAUCGACUACCUUAAAAUUGACAUUGAAACCUCUGAAUGGCACGUAUUACCCCACAUACUAAAUUCUGGAAUGAUGGACAAAGUAAGACAAUUAGCAGUAGAAAUCCACGUCGACUUCAACAAAUCUAUUACAAUAUUUCGCCAGCAAGCCAGUUUAAUUCAAUCACUGGAAAAAUACGGAUUAGUUCGUUUUGAUUCGAAACCAAAUAUCAACACUUUAGUACAUGUAACCGAUCAAAUUAAUAAUUUAUCAUUAUUUAACGGUUACGAGGUUGCAUGGUAUAAUAACAGACUUUUAAGGAAAACUGUUUGACACUACAAAAACACCGAAAAUUUCAUAUUUUUUUAGAAGGCGGGGGUACUAAUGCCUUUAAUAAAUCAGGGACAUUUGCUAGAUUUCAACCCAUUAAAAAGUGUCACUCUUUUUUAGUUUUUACAAAACAUAACAUUUUAGGGUUUAGAUAUACUAAUUUUUUCAGGAAAUGUACCUAAUAAAUACAAAAUAAAUUAUAUUUGUAUGUGUGGUAUGGUUUAAAAUUAGUCCAUUAGCUUCACGAUUUGCAGCAUUAUGGUAUAGUAAUUAUUUUGGGUAAUUCAAGUACUACUUUAAAUAUUACCAAAUGUAUGAAUUAUAGCAAUGAAAUGAAGAAAUAUUGCAUUUUGCAUUUUGCAUGCUUUAAUGUAAUGUCAUAAUUAUCGCACUGAUAAUAGUAUUGAAAUUUUUGACAUAACCUUUUAUUAUUUUCAACUUAUAUUUUCUGCAAACAUCUUAAAUAUGUAUAAAUAAAGAAAAAUGCCAAAAACAAAACAAAAA